CUCAGAGUUCUUUUCAAUUCACAAGCAUCCUUGUCAUACACCUCGUACGUGCACGUUAGCCGACAUCUCUGCCUCCCACAUUUAAGGCGCCAACUUACCCAACGGUCCAAAACCGCAAUUUUGUUGUCUUAUGAAAUGAAACCUCCACUUUCUCUACUGAAUCCCAGCAUGCUAUCCGGGUCGGGUUCGUUAAUGUGGUUCCGAAAGGGGCUCCGGGUCCACGACAAUCCGGCGCUCGAGUAUGCUUCCAGAGGAUCCACUUGUGUUUACCCUUUGUUCGUCAUCGACCCUCACUAUAUGGUGCUGGACCCAAACGCCUACUCCCCAGGAUCCACCCGUGCGGGUAUAAACAGGAUCCGGUUCUUAUUGGAGAGCCUCGCUGACCUUGACUCAAGUUUGAAGAAACUCGGGUCGAGGUUGUUGGUGUUGAAGGGUGAGCCUAGUGAGGUUUUGAUUCGUUGCUUAAACGAGUGGGAUGUUAGAAAGCUUUGCUUUGAGUAUGACACUGAUCCAUAUUAUCAAGCUUUGGAUGAUAAAGCUAAGAAUUAUGCUUCUGCAGCUGGAAUCGAGGUUUUCUCUCCAGUGAGUCAUACCAUCUUCGAUCCUGCAGAUAUUAUAGAGAAGAAUGGGGGAAGACCACCAUUGAGUUAUCAAUCCUUUUUAAAGCUUGCUGGGGAACCAUCUUUCUCACUUUCAGUUGAACUUUCUUGGAUGCCUCCUGUUGGAGAUGUUGGAAGAUGUGAGAUUUUACAAGUUCCGACACUAAAGGAACUCGGGUAUGUGGAAAAGCAUCAGGAUGAGUUCACUCCCUUUAGAGGUGGUGAGUCAGAAGCAUUGAGGAGGUUGAGAGAAUCCCUAAGUGACAAGGAAUGGGUGGCCAAUUUUGAGAAACCUAAGGGUGACCCUUCUGCUUAUAUAAAACCAGCAACAACUGUUCUAUCACCUUAUUUGAAAUUUGGGUGUCUCUCUUCCAGGUAUUUUUACCAAUGCCUUAAAGAUGUCUAUAAAAAUGUUAAGAGGCAUACAUCACCACCAGUUUCUCUUGUCGGGCAGUUGCUAUGGCGCGAAUUUUUCUAUACCGUGGCCUUUGGAACUCCUAAUUUUGACGAAAUGAAGGGUAACAAAAUAUGCAAGCAGAUUCCAUGGAAUGAUGAUGACAAACUCCUAGCUGCUUGGAGAGAGGCUAGAACAGGUUACCCUUGGAUUGAUGCUAUCAUGGUCCAGCUGAGGAAGUGGGGUUGGAUGCACCAUCUCGCACGCCAUUCUGUUGCUUGUUUCCUCACUCGUGGAGAUCUAUUUGUUCAUUGGGAAAAAGGACGUGAUAUCUUUGAGAGGCUUCUGAUUGAUUCAGAUUGGGCAAUUAAUAAUGGGAAUUGGCUCUGGCUAUCAUGCUCAUCAUUCUUUUACCAGUACAACCGCAUAUACUCACCAAUAUCAUUUGGAAGGAAAUAUGAUCCGAAUGGUAAUUAUAUUAGGCAUUUUCUCCCCAUACUAAAAGACAUGCCAAAGGAAUACAUAUAUGAGCCGUGGACAGCUCCACUAAGCGUGCAAAGUAAAGCAAAGUGCAUUAUUGGAAGAGAUUAUCCCAAACCAGUGGUUUUGCAUGAUACUGCAAGCAAUGAAUGCAGAAAGAAAAUGGGGCAAGCUUAUGCACUUAACCAGAGACUCAAUGGACGUGUAAGUGAAGAAGAUUUAAGGAAGUUGAGAAGAAAAUUUGAUGAAGAUGAAGAUAAGCAGGAACCCAAACCCAGAAGGCAGAGACAAAAGCUGAUAAAAUGAGCUGCAAAAUCUACUUUUUCAUCCAUCCAUAUCUUUUUUUCUUUUUUAAACUUUAACUUGAUAACUUAGAACUUGUUAUUCUGUUACAUGUUUGGCACGUAAUAUAAAUUGAUAACUUGGAACUUUU